AUGACUAUAGCUAUUGCAAGCCUUUCUAUUGUCGAGCGAGAACACAAAAGUCAAGACUUCGCCCAUCUCUUUUCCUCUCUUCUUCUCAUCACUUCAAUCUACUCAAUACCAUACUACGCCCUGUAUACUACAUCCAAGCACGAUCCCAUGGCAUGCAAGCGCAAGAGUGAGAGCGUCGCCGCGGCUGGCCCGCGCAAGAAGCAGAAGACAUCCACCACCACACCACCACCCAAGAAGACAUCACCGCGUCUCCUCACCCUUCCAGCCGAGAUCCGCAACCGCAUCUACGAAUACGCUCUGAUCGAGCACCCAAACAUCCUCAUCACACCCGCCAUCCGCGAGCCACCACUCCUUUCCGCAAACCGCCAGAUCCGCACCGAAGCCCUCGGCAUCUACUACUCCAACCUCAACAUCUUCAUCCUCCCCAUCCACUCCAGCGACGCCACGCUCUACCUCCGCUGGCACACUCACCUCCAAUCCCUCGGCUUCGACGACAUGACGUCUGGUCUCGUGCGUCUUUCUGGCACGCCCCGUUGGGAGAAUUUGUUCCGCUGGUGUAAAGCAGUCUAUCAGGGUGGGGCUUCGAUGAUUCGGUUCAAGGAGGAUAUUAGGAUCAAGGGCCAGACUACGGCGAUGUAUCAUGUUGUGAUUGCGGGCUUGGAGAUCGCGAAGGCGGGACGAGAGAGUGGGCUGAGAUGGGAUGUGGUGGAGAAGUUGCUGGGAAGCUUGAUGUAUGGGGUUGUGGAGUAUGAUGAGCGGUGGGUUGAGCAGUGA